GCCUCAACCGGAAGUGACGAACGCCUCUCUGAAAAAAUACAACAAGGAAGUGGCCGUUUAUUGUGAGGGAAAAUAACCAGUGGAUUAAACGUCUCCUCACAUUUGGAGUGUUUUUGCUUCACGGUCGGGUGCCAGGGAGACUGAAGUCACCGUGGACUCGCCCGGGAGCCCAUUUCAGGUCGCCGCGAAGGAUUCUGCUCUUAGCCAGCUCGGUAGCUAGCGAUGAACACGGACGUGGAAUUUCACAUCAGGCAGAAUUAUCCGUGGAACAAGCUGCCAGCUAAUGUUAAACAGAGUUUGGGGAACUCACAGCGCGAGUAUGAGAAGCACGUGCUGCUGUACAGCAUCCGCAACCAGCUGCGAUUCCGCAAUAACCUAGUCCGCCACGUCAGGAAGGAUGAGCGCAGGUACUACGAGGAGCUGCUGAAGUACAGCCGGGACCACCUGAUACUGUACCCCUACCACCUGUCUGAUAUCAUGGUCAAAGGGCUGAGAGUCACUCCGUUCUCAUACUACAUAGGAAUCAUGGAGGAUAUCAUGAACAGUGAGAAGAGUUACGACUCCUUGCCCAACUUCACUGCUGCUGACUGUCUGAGGCUUCUUGGCAUUGGGAGAAACCAGUACAUUGACCUUAUGAACCAGUGCAGAUCCUCCAAAAAAUUCUUUCGCCGGAAAUCGGCGCGGGAUCUGCUGCCAUCCAAACCAGUGGAGAUCUCCGUGGAGCCGUGGUGGGUGGCUCAGACGGGCUACAUCACCGAGGAUGACAUAAGAAUCUGUUCCUCUGCAGAGAAGAAAGCCAUUGACAAGAUGAUAGAUUCUGGUCCUCAACUGGCAGGAACAACAGAGUACAAUGUGGUCCUAAGUUUAUAUAACCGGGGCUUUAUUUACCUGGACGUUCCCAUAUCGGAUGACAGCUGCAUCUCAGUGCCCCCUCUGGAAGGUUUCGUCAUGAACCGUGUUCAGGGUGAUUACUUUGAAACACUUCUCUACAAAAUCUUUGUGUCCAUUGAUGAGCAGACAAACGUGGCUGAGCUAGCCAAUGUGCUGGAGAUCGACUUGGAUUUAGUGAAGAAUGCGGUUUCCAUGUACUGUCGCCUCGGCUUUGCAGUGAAGAAAGGCCCGGUGUUCAGCUCGGAGCAGCUUCACCCCAGCUGGAAGAACGCCCCAUCUGUUAACAGACUCAAGAGCACCAUGGACCCCCAGAAGAUGCUGCUGUCCUGGGAACAGGGCAGUCCCGUCAUGGAAGGAGGCUCCUCGGCCACAGAUACAGACACCACAAGCCUGGAAGACCAAGCAGGAGACACGGGCAGCGUUAGCAGCCUAAGCAUCCCAGCAGCUCCCACUAAGAGGAUCGCCUUCCUGUUCGACUCCACGCUCACAGCCUUCCUGAUGAUGGGCAACCUGUCCCCGAACCUGAAGAGCCACGCGGUGACCAUGUUUGAGGUGGGGAAGCUGUCUGAUGAGACUCUUGAUAGCUUCCUGGCUGAGUUGGAGAAGGUGGAGAGUACAGCAGAGGGUGAGGCUCAGCGUUACUUUGACCAUGCUCUCACCCUUAAAAACACCAUCCUCUUCCUACGCUACAACAAAGAACUCACUCAGGAUCAAGGACCUGAUAUUCCAAAUAUAGGUUUUCCUUUGGACAUGCUGCGCUGCGAGAGCCUGCUGGGUCUGGACCAGGCCACCUGCAGCCGCGUCCUGAACAAAAACUACAAGCUACUGGUCUCAAUGGCGCCGCUCAGCAACGAGAUCAGACCCAUCAGCAGCUGCACACCUCAGCACAUUGGCCCAGCCAUCCCUGAGGUGAGCUCCAUCUGGUUCAAGCUGUAUCUGUACCACGUGACGGGCCAAGGCCCGCCAUCUCUGCUGCUCUCCAAGGGCUCCAGGCUCAGAAAACUGCCGGACAUUUUCCAGGCUUUCGACAGGCUGCUGAUCACCUCUUGGGGUCAUGACCCCGGCGUCGUCCCUACAUCCAAUGUCCUGACAAUGCUGAAUGACGCUCUCACGCACUCUGCUGUUCUGAUCCAGGGUCAUGGUAUGCAUGGUCAUGGAGAAACGGUUCAUAUCCCAUUUCCUUUUGACGAGGAGGAUCUGAAGGGAGAGUUCUCCUACUCCAACAUGUGUGUGCACAAGGCUCUUCUGAAGCUGAAGGAACACGUGGAUCUAGAGCACCAGUGUGGCUACAUCACCAUGCUGAACUCCAACAACAGGCAUCGUCGCAGGACCAGUGACAGCGUUGAGUGCAGAGGAGAAACCCAUCUCGGCGGAGGCCUGGACACCAACGGCAGCACCGAGUCAUUUGAGCUUGUGACAGAAGAGAACAGCGAGGGCAAAGGAAAGACAGACGCUCUUUCAUCUGAGGAUGAGUGGGUCCCUCUCGAACUGUGCUUUGGCAUGCCCCUCUUCAGCUCAGAGCUCAACCGCAGAGUGUGUCGAAAAAUUGCCUCACACAAACUCUGCAGCAAUGAGAGCCUUCAGGAACUACUUCACUCAAGCCGAAAGCUAUCACUCAAAGUGCUGAGCUUUGUUCAUUUGUUCCAGGACGGCGGCCAGCCGUCCGACCCGGACAGCGGCGUGUCGAACCCCCUCAGCCAGCCUCCGGCUGAGUCCGGCGUUCCUCUACCGUCCCUCAACCUCCUCUUCAAGGAUGGACAGCUGAAGGAGUGGAGCGGCCGGCCCCCUCCCCCUCUGGACAUCUCGUCUCUGCAGAAGGACCAGCCCUCAUAAACCAGGCGCUGUUUGUCCACGAGGACAUUACUUCUCAGUGAAAACGGACAACCCCCUCUUUUUUUUGUCUUUGCAACAUCACAUCUCGCUGAGGGCAUCUUUUAAUAGUGGUCCAACCCUGCAUCUUCAUACCCACUCACAAGGAGAUGCCCUCGACAUUCUUGUGCAUCAGUAUCCAGUGAUGGGAAAAUUAACCCUGUCAGCUCUUUAUUGUUUAUCUACUGUAAGAAGAAGCAUCCUUCAGCAACAUCCUCCUCCUAUCUGUUGUUUCCCUGUGUGAUUCCUUGCGUCCUUACGAAGGCAGUGUUAUCCGUUGGAGUGGUGCUAUAAUCCCAACAUAUAACAGUGAUGCAGGUAAACGGCUUAAAACCUGGAAAAACCAGUUACUUUGUUUACCGCUGACGCCCUCACUCUCAUCCUCCAGUUAGUGCCAGUUUUGUUUCUUAAAUGUUGAGUGAAAAGUGACCCCCAUGAAACUCAGACUUCUUCAGCAACCAUUUUAACAAUAUGCAUUAUUGUAGGAAGUCUUACCAGCUGAGUUUGAAUCCAAACCUCUCUGUUUUGUCUCAUGUUCAGUGAUUUAAUGCAUGAUGCUGUUGCACAACAACAAAAGAAAAAUAAAUUCCUUCUCUCUUUAUUUGUAAUCAAUAAGGUGGGACAAUAUGUUAAUUGCACUGUCCAGGAUUUGUUCAAACCUGUGGAUGAACAAAUGUCAUGUCCUUUCUUUUAUCUUUAAAUGUAGGAUCAGUUGUAGUGCGCAUUAACGUUUUUAGAGCUCUUGUUUACGAGAAGGAAGUGUUUACUUGUGAAAACACAAGCAUCUUAAGAAGUGACAGGGCAUUUGAGGAAUUUCUGGUUAUUUCUUCUGUUUUUUUUAUAUAAUUAAGAGCACCAAAGAAUUUUUUUUCUUAUAAUGAUUUUUUUUUUCAUCAUUUGCUGCCUUUAUUAUAAUCAGCCAAUCAAAGAAGCUCAGGCCUGGGAUCAAAACCGCUCAUUUCCUUUACUUUUGAACCUUUUUUGUUUUCUUUUUUUUUCUUUGCAAGUCAUCUAAAGGUUCGUUAAUUUUAGUAAUUCAGUUUAAAAAGAGAAGCUCAAUCAUUCAUUGCACGCAGACCAUAUUUAAAUUGUUUGUUUUUUAUUAAUUUUCAGAACUACUGAUAAGAAAAAACCCAAAAACUCAAUUUCCCUGGAAAUUAGAGUAUUGCAUAAAAUUAAUAAGAAAAAAAUUUUUAAUACAAAAAUGUUAUGUUAGCCUACACAAUCAUGGAGAUCAGUAACACUCUCCAUAAGGAGGGUAAGCCGCUAAAGGUCUAAAAAAAAAAAGCUGGUUGUUCAGAGUGCAAGCAUAUGAAUGGAAAGUUGAGUGGAAAAAGUCUAGUUAGAAAAAGGGGACACAGCAAGAGGAAUAACUGCAGGCUUGAGAGGAUUUUGAAGCAAAGACAUUACCUUUUGUUUGAAAGCCAUUUGGAGAUGAUGCUUUCAUUUUCCAUCAGGGCUUGGCACCUCCCCACACUGUCAAAAGUGCCAAUACCUGGUUUAAUGACCACGGUAUCACAGUACUUGAUUGGCCAGCAAACUAGCCUGACCUGAAACCCAUUGCCUAUUGUCAAGAUGAGAAUGAGACACCAGACCCAACAAUGCAGAUGAACUAACAGUACAGUAUGUAAAAGUGUGACCAAAACUUGUUCCGGGCUUCUUUUCCAUGAAUUACGACAGUAAUGCAGCAUGACUUGGAGGUGAUCAGCUCAGGUUACUUUAAUAUCAGCUUUCAACCUCUCUGCAUUGUUUGGUAUGGUGUGUCUGGACAAUUAGAUCAGGACUUAUUUUAAGCUUGUCAGCAAAAGGAAGCAUGAAAUGCUUAGAGGUUCCUACUUGAGAGCUAAGCUGACUUGAAACUUGAUAAAAAUUUAAAAAAACCAGUGGACCUUUUUCCAAGACCAUUUUUCCUUCCACUAAACUUCCCAUUAAUAUGGUCUUAUUGGGCAUUGUGCUUACCUAAUUAUAUGUAUUCAAAUUUUUUCAGAAACAACAUUUUUGGUUUUCAUUAGCUGUUAGCUAUAAUCAUAAUUAUUUAAUGAAAUGCAGCUAUAAAUCAGCUGAUUUGUUUUUUAUUUUUCUCCCUACUGCACCUCCCUCUCUCUCUGAAUGAACUCCAGCUUGUGUGUGGUUCUCUGCUCCUUUAGCCAGCCCAUCGCACUCUCCGAGGGAUUUUGUUUACAACAUCUUCAGCUGGUGAGGGAAAAAAUGGGGCUUGUAAUCUAGAGAGAAGGCAACUUUUUUUUUUCCCAGUACAAGACAGAGCCUGGGGGCCGAAAAUGGAAAUGCUAAUGCGUUGCCGUGGCAUCUCUGAGGCGUCAAUUGGCUCAGUGUGUGUCUGAAUUUCCUCUUCAUGAAUUCUUAGUGCAUUUUCUUUUUCCUCCUUGCAUAAGAAAAUGUGGAGAACUCGUUGUGCCGAGUUAAUUUUUUUUGAAGGAAUCUCCCCUCUGCAGUUUUUGACCCACUUGUGGAAGUUGGAAAUAGAAAAAAAAAUGGACUGAAACGUGGUCUUGCUGAAGCAUGAUAACCGUGUAGAAACUGUUGUGUGUAAGUUGUGUAUGCGUGUGUAAUAUACACAUCACCUCAAAUCUAUACCAGUAACAACCUCCCGGCUCCCACUUAUCUACAUGUCAUGGCUGUUUGUUGCAGUUGCUCAUUUUCACCCCCAGUUAUUCAUCUACCUUAGGUGUUUAAAAUGAUAGUUUUAUAUGUCGGCGGAAAUUUUAGGAAACAAAUCUUUGUUGUAGCUUGUUUAUUGAGAGUGUGAAUAUUAUUGACUUAAAAAGAAAAAACCUGUAGGAAUAAAUGGGUUUAAAAAAAAAAAGAGAGAAAAUGACAUUCCUUCACUGCGUUCUGCCUACAUCCUCUUCUCCAGAUACAUAUGAUCACAAAUAAAUAUGUAAAAAGUAUAUGAGAAUAUAAAUAAAUAUGUAAUAAGAGCGAGUUUUUCCUCCUUAAAA